AUGGUCGACCGGAAACAGAGAUGCAUAAAAGAAAAUGCGCUCUUGAGCAUGCGCAGUAGUGAUCGCAUAAACAAAGCUGCGGGUGCGAGUCGGAGCUUCGAUGAAAGUGUAGGUGGUGAAGAUUCAAGUAGAGAAUCCAGCACAUCCUUCAGCAGAACAGCAACAUCUAGGGAUAGGAUUGACAUUAGAUUCAACAAAAAUAAUGAAAUUCUUCUAAAUGAGCUUGAUCGUAGGACCACUGAAAUAGACGAAAGUGUUUUUCGACAAUGUUUUGACGACCACUGGCCAUUCACUGCAAAGGCACACCUUGACACUUCAUGGCGAAAGCCAGCGCGACUGACAUAAGGGCUUUUGUGGUUCUUCUACUUAUUUGGAGAUGUAAUUAAGUAUCCCAAAUUCGUCCGAAUGUUGAAUGAAAUAGAAAUUGAUGUUCUUUGACCAGCCUAAUCCCCUGAAUUUCAAAUUUCUCGAAGUUUUCUGAAGAAUCAAAUGUUGGUAUUCUUGGAUCGUGCAUGACGGAGGAGUAUCGAACAUAGUGUUCAGAGCUCCUUUUGAACUUGAAGCUACUCCCUAAGUGUUCAUCUAUGAAAUCGCUGUUGUAUUCUUGUCCUCAAGAUAGAAC